AUGGCCUUCUUAAGUGAACUGAAUACAUCAAUGGCUGAACCUUACGAACUGGCUCUCUUUUCAGAUCCACCCAAUCAAGUGGCCGUACACAAAAUCUAUUUCCAGGAAACCCGACCCAUUUCUUCUUUUGACUUGGACACGGCACCUCUGGAGUUUUCUAUUCCCGGAAAUGGGGGGGAGUAUUUAGACCUCAGAAAGAGUCGACUAUAUCUCAAGGCAAAAAUCACCAAGGCCGACGGAACGGCUCUGGCUGCUUCGGAAAAGACGGGCAUAAUCAAUUUGCCUCUUCAAUCUCUGUUUUCUCAGAUUGACGUCUAUAUGAACGGAAAAUGUGUCUCUCACAAUGCCAACAAUUAUCCCUGGAAAGCUUAUUUAAAAGUACUGCUGUCAACCGGAAUGGGGGCUUCAAAAUCCCAAAUGCAGACUCAGUUAUUCUGGCCCGAUGGAGAAGGCCUAGCAGACCCAGACGCUGCAUCAGGAACUAACAUGGCUCUGAGAAAGAGAUACGUCUUCACGCAACAAUCUAGGGUUUUUGAUCUGGAAGGUCCCCUCUACGUGGAUUGUUUCUAUCUGGACAAAUAUCUCAUCAACGGAGUGGACGUACAACUCAGACUUUUUCGAUCGAAGAACGAAUUCGUCUUGAUGAGUGGUGAGUCUUCACCCGCCUACAAAGUCACCAUAUUAGACACCGUGUUUAAGGCUUGUAAAGUGAAAGUGGAUAGUGCCAUUCAGGUAAAUCACGCCAAUGCCAUCCUCAAAUCACCGGCAAGAUACAACUACUUGAGGACCGACGUCAAGAUGACUACCAUUUCAGCUAAAACCAGCGAAUUUUUCUGGGACGACGUAUGGAACGGAAAAAGACCCUCUAAAAUGUUCGUGACCUUUGUCAAACAGUCGGCCGUCAAUGGGAGCUACGGGGACAAUCCUUUCAAUUUCGAACACUUUAAUCUAUCGGAGAUUGUCCUGUAUGUCAACGGUGAGCCGACACCCGUCCGUCCGAUGAAGCUAGACUUUGGUACCAAUAAGAAUUACGUUACUCCUCUCUGUAACCUCUAUCAGUCCUCGGAAAGGUGGUUUAAAGACGAAAGUCUGGUCAUCGAUCGUGAGAAAUUUCCUGAGGGUUAUGCUAUAUAUACCUUUGACCUCGAUCCCACUGACCUCGGCGAAGGGUAUAUUAACUUUGUACAUCAAGGAAACGUCGGAGUGUACGCACGUUUCUCAGAGCCAACCGCAGUAACCAUAAGUGCCAUAGCCUACUGUGAAUGCCCCGGCCUUCUCUUGAUUGACAACACUAGAGAAAUCAGACAGUUGUGA